AUGUUCCCUGACGAGCUCAAGGGACUCACGCUGGUCGAAGAGAAGCUCGUCUCGCUCAACUCCUGCUAUGGUGUUUCCAACAACGUGCAGGAGCUGGCGACCAAGGUGCUCCCGCACCCCCUUUUGCAAGCACUGGACGAGAUCCACGUUUCGUGGCAGGGCGUGGAGAAGCCGGCACCGAGCGACCUGUCGAGUCUCUUGUCGGUGAGGCGGCGGGUCGUCGAGAGGGCUCUUGUUUGGCUGAAGAGGAGCAACCCCCACUACGCCGAGAUCGAGAUCGACGUGGCGGAGAUGGAGAGUUGGGGAGACCCGAUAGACGGGGUGCCGGCCUUGGUGUAUGAUCGCAUGGAGCGGAACGAGCCGUCCGCAUGGGAGAAAACGCGGACGGCGCACGUUGUGCCGCCCACGGAGCGCGCCAUGGACGACGAGGGGUCGGUGGAGAUCGAGGAACUCUUCGCUCUGCUCAAGCAAAGGCAGGAAACGGGAGGCGAGGCUGAAGGGCACGGGCCCAACGAAGAAGGCGCGGGUCGUGAUGGAGUUGGUGCUAGCCCCGAUCAGAACGUUCGACCAAUCAACGAGCUGCGCAUGCUGAGUGUGGCGAGGAAGGACUUCGGCAAGGUCGAGCGCGUUGCCCGCUCGAUGACCGCGCAAAGGAGCUUCUCAGGAGCCUCUCGCUGUACGGCCACCGGCAACCCAUGUCGAGAGGUUCGGCUCAAUAUGCGGCGGAAAAUCCAGUCGCUCAUCGUUGGCUACGGCGUUCCGGCCAUCUGGUUCACCAUCAACCCAAACGACAUUACGAACCCGGUGAAGCUGCGACUGGCGGCAUAUCGGACACGCGAUCCCGGCGCGGCCGAGGAGUUCCUAGAAGGCCUUGGGAGUGCGUACAAGCGGACAAGGCUGGCCAUGUCCGAUCCGAUGAGCGCCGCCGUAUUCUUCCACCGGGAGAUGAAGCUGUUCUUCGAUCAUUACGUGAAGGUCGGAGAAGACUCGAUGCUUGCCGACAUCCACGGGGAGGAUCAGGCGGCGUAUCGCGAGCGAAUCAUACGAUACGUCGAUAGUGUCUUCUCCGAGGAUCUGGAUCAGGAAGGGUUCUGCGCCGUGCAAGCGGAGCGAUCUGUGACGUCCGAUAUUUCCUCCCUGCUGGACAACACCGAGCAGUUUUCGGCCGCAUUUGACGAGGAGGCCAACUUCUGUGCCGGCGCUACACAGGUUCACACGCAUAGCCCGACCUGUGUCAAGUAUUCCUUGGGCAAAGGAGCGCGGAAAGGGAAUCUAUGCCGGUUUAAGUCUCCAUGGAGGUUGGUCGACAAGACCGCCAUCACGGCAGACGGGGUGUUGCAGAUCCGGAGGACUCACAGCAUGGUCAAUCGAUGGAACAAGGCUAUCGCUGUUGGGCUCCGGCACAACCACGACAUUUCCUUCAUUGCGACGCAGCGCAAGACCAUGGCCCUUAUGUAUUAUGUCACGAACUACGCGACGAAGGUGGAGGACCCGGUGUGGAAGCGUGUGGCGGCCGCGGCCGACCUCCUGGCCGCCUCAACGGGUGACGGCACGGCCAACGGAGGACAGGACGACGGUGGAGGUGCUGUUGGCGAUGACGCCGCCAAGGGGAACAGGACGCGACAGUUCUUGAUGAGGGUGGCGAAUCGUGUGUUCACGGAGCGUCAGCUGUCUCAGGUCGAGGUCAUUGCUCAUCUUCUGGGAUAUCCGGCCGAGUUCACCAACAGCAGCGCCUGGGCGUACCUGAACACAUCUCUGCUGUACUGGGAAGUCUUUCGACGGUGGCCGUAUCUCCGACGAGCAAAUGGCGCGGCGGCCAUAGAUGAUGCUCUGAAUGAGUCGGUGCUCAGGCGGCCGGGCAAGCAUGCUACCGUCUGCCUCGAUGGCUACCUGAGCAAGGACUUCGGCCACAACGACGACGAGGAGUCGUGCCACCGGAGCAUCUGGGAGCGGGCGCGAGGCGCUGGCCCGAGAAUAUCAUGUCUCGUCGACAACGUGCAGCUGCUUCGACGAUCAGCCGAAGACGCAAAGCGCGACGCCAAGCAAUGGGCGGCCUCAUCCGGCGAUGGCGAUUCCACGGUCGCCCACGUCGAGGAGGGCGAGACAGGCGAGGCGGGCGCAGAAUUUGCAGCGACAUAUCGGUCCAACAACAUCGGAGACGCAACGCGCCUGAUCGACGUCGUCCGAGGCGCAGUGGGCACGAAUCAGGUGACGGCCAAGUCGCCGGAGCUCAUGGCAAUGAUGCGGCAGCUCUGUCGAUUCCAGCAAUCGGCGCUCUGCUCAACGGCCGAGCUCGAGGCCAUCGCGAUUCCCGAACAAGGGUUGAGGUGCAUAAGCAUGCCAGGGCGGGUAUUUUCCGGGGCCGCACUACCGCCGCAGGAUCAGGUCAAGGCUAUCAAGUCGCAGCAGAUAAUCCGGGAAAGCGAUCGCCGAGCUGCGUUGCGGAGGGUGAUGACCGGCUUCGGGGAUCAUUCUACGCACCCGUAA